UUGGAGGCUUAUUGGCAUUCACACCUGCUGUCCUCCCUCAGCUCAGAACCACCUGGCCCAGUUCCAUCAGAAAACCUGAUAAAGGAAGUGGCAACCACCCCCCCAUCGAAAAGAGUCCUCACUCAGGCUGACCCGUCCACACACCACGCCACGAUGGCCUCACCUCAGGACGCCACUCUGCCCGCAGGCGGCGCGAGCGGAUCCAGGCCGGGACGUCCCGAGGAGAGGGCCCCCAGCAGCGAGGACCCGGAGACAGAGCCGGUGUCGCUGAAAGAGAGGCUGGCCAUGUACCAGGCCGCUGUGUCCAGCAGAGAGGCCGGCGGCUCCUCCUCUGCUGCGAUGAUGGAUGAGUCCGAGGCCUGUUCACUGCCUGGUGGUCUGGCCAGUGUGAAGAGACAGUUUGAGAGCCAGGAGCUCACCUCUUCGUCCUCUCAGACCAGUGUCACUCAGUAUCAUGUCCAGAAGAGAUCAGUCCAGGAGAUGUCAAGCUCCACCGAGGUGACGGUGAGAAGCAGUGCCAUGGAGAAAGUUCCCACGACAACCCUCUCUCGGCAAGAGGUGAUCCACGAUCAAAGAGUCCAGCAUAACAACGUGGCUGCCAGUUACGGGAACCAUUACAAUGAAACGGUUAUGCUUGUCGGAGGAGAGGACCUACCAAAGGUUUCCACUCAGGCUUUGAAGCAGCAGUAUGAAAAAACCGUUGAGGAAGCUUCACCAGUCAAAGAAAUUAAGGUUGAUGUGGAUUUCAGCCAGUUUCAGUGGGCCCCCGUCAACCAGUCAUCCAAAACCUCAGUUAUGAGCAGCUAUGACACGUCCUCUACCGUAAAGAAGGUAGCUACUUCAUCGGUGGCAUCCGCCUCAUCGAUGGCCUACGAGGCCACAGAGAAUUUUCCUCCCCCCCCUGCCAACCUCCCACAGGUGUCGCACGAAACCCCCGAGUACGGGCCACAGGGGCCGGCCUCCCAGCACAAGUACACAGUGGAUAAGGAGCAGUACUUCAAACACAAGAGCAUGGCUGAGCUGAAGCGCCUCUACAAGCACAUUCAUCCAGAGGUGCGCAAGAACCUCGAGGAGGACUUCAUGAGUCAGCUCACGGAGGAAGAAAAGGCAGCGCUGGAGAGCAAAGAGAUAGUAGGUGACGUCCAGCAGGCGUGCUGUCUGUUUGAAAAUGACGGCAACAACUCGAGCGGGUGCUCCAGCCCGGACGGGGAGUACCUGGAGUGGGAGGAGAUUCUGAAAGGCGAAGUUCAGUCAAUGCGCUGGAUGUUUGAAAACAAGCCGCUGGACGCAAUCAAAGACGAUUCCCCAGACGAGGAGGAGGAGAGGAACAUCGCCCAGCAGGAAAUCAUUGCCGGUAAAGAUGUCAGGCACACCGCCUGGAUGUUUGAGACUCAGCCCAUGGAUGCUUUGGGGACGGAGGCCGCCGUAUCCACCGAGCAGACUCAGAAACAGACUGACCUGGCGAGGGGAGACGUCCGCACUGCCACCUGGCUUUUUGAAACCCAGCCCCUGGAUUAUCUGAAUAAGAUCUACCAAGAGGACGAGCUGGAGACGGACGGCGUGGUCGCUAGGGAUAUCGCCGGGGGAGACGUGAAAACGGCCAGGUACCUGUUUGAGACGCAGCAUCUGGACUCCCUGGGCAAAAUGGAAACCAUCGAGGAGAGUCAUUUCCUGAGCUUGAAGUCUGAGCUGGAGGAGAUUAAAGGCGACGUGAAGACGACCACCCGGAUGUUCGAGACGCAGCCCAUGUGCGUCAUCCGCGGGGAUUCGGGAGAGAUGCUGGAGAUCACCACCAUUCGCCGCGAGGAGACCGACAAAGGAGAUGUAAAGACGUCCCGCUGGAUGUUUGAAACCCAGCCUCUGGAUAUGAUCAACAAAGACCCCACAAAAGUAAAGCUGAUAUGUGGCAUUUCCAUGGAAGACAAUACUCAAGGUGGCGUGAACAAAGGUAGGUGGCUUUUUGAGACGAAGACACUCGACACCAUUAAGGAUGAGGAAUGGGAGAGCACCAGGAAGCAAAAGGAAGAAAUACUUGGAGCCGACGUAAGGAAACACUGUCUUGUUUUUGAGACUCAGCCCAUGGAUACGCUGAAGGACAACGCUAACGCUCGACCUUUGCCCUCUGAAGAGAUUGUGGGAGGGGACGUUCGGUCUGCCAAAAAUCUCUUUGAAACAGUGCCCAUGGAAAAUCUGAAGGAGCUGCUUGAGGUAGGAAAACUGACUAAAAUGGUUGCAUCUGAGGAAGAGAAGGGUGACGUGAGGCAUCAAAAGUGGGUGUUUGAAAGCCAGCCGCUGGAGAAUAUAAGGGAGGAGAAGAAGGAGAUCACAAGAACGGUGAACAUCGAAGCCGGCGGCAAAGGAGACGUGACAAACUAUAAAGAAAGGUUUGAAACUAUGGAUUUAAGCAAAUGUGAGGGAACGCAGAGGAUCCAAAUCGAAGGGGUCACAAGUGGAUCCGUCAAGUCCAACAGGGUACUUUUUGAAUCCACCCCAAUGUAUGCUAUGCAGGACAGCUCUGGACAUUACCAUGAGGUGAGAACUGUGAGGCGAGAGGAGGUUGUUAAGGGAGAUGUGCGCAGCUGCAGGUGGAUGUUUGAAACGCGCCCCAUUGAUGAGUUUGAUGAGAGCAUUAAUAAAUUCCAGCUUAUCAAAGGGAUUUCCAAACAGGAGAUUGAGUCAGGGGAUGUUAAAACUGCCAAGUGGUUGUUUGAAACCCAACCGCUCGACGGCAUCAAGUAUUUCAGUCAUCUAGAGGAUGAAGAGCACCAAGCAAAGGAAAGGAUUGAAAUUGAGAAAGGGGAUGUGAAAACAUGCAGAUGGCUGUUUGAGACUCAGCCGAUGGAUGUUUUGUAUGAAAAGGUGGAAAAGAGCGAGGCGGACAUGGAGGAGGUGCAAAAGGGUGACGUGAAAACCUGUACCUGGCUUUUUGAGACCCAGACGCUGGACAACAUACAUGACCAUUCAGAGUCAGAGACUGAGACCAUCCUAAAAACCUGCACCGUACAGGAGGACGACAUUCAAGGAAAAGAUGUGCGACUUGCUCGCUUCCUCUUCGAAACAGAGAACCUGGAGAACAUCACAGGGGAUGAGAGCGGUUCUUUCAGGAGGGUCACAGAGAUCGACAUCCAGUCAGGCGACGUUUCCAGGAUGAAGUACAUCUUUGAGAAUCGCUCCUCGGACAUCAUGAGCUCCACCUCGGAGGAAACGAUGCUGAGGCUGAAGACGCAGCAGGCCGAGGACAUCCAGAAGGGGAAUGUUGUCAACUGCACCUGGAAGUUCGAGAACCAGCCGAUCGAUGCCAUUAGCGAGGACAGCAAGGAAGCGAGGGAAGUCCGCACUGUGACUGACGUUCAGGGGGGCGAUGUCGACAAGGGCAAAUUCAUUUUUGAGACAUAUUCUCUGGAUCAAAUAAAGGAGGAAUCCACUGAGACGGAUCUCUCAAAACUCACUAGUAUCUUCAGACAUGACACGGAAAAGGGAGACGUAAAAAACUACACCAUGAUGUUUGAAACGCAGCCUCUGUAUGCCAUCUGUGAUAAGGAGGGCCAUUAUCAUGAAGUCACCACAGUUACCAAAGAAGAAGUCAUGAGGGGAGACGUGGUGGGGGCCCGGUGGCUGUUUGAGACAAAGCCCUUGGAUUUAAUUAGAGAUUCAGAGGAGGUCUAUGUUAUUAAAGCUGUCACUGAGGAAGAUGUUAACAAAGGCGACGUCAGCUCUGCCAGGUGGAGGUUUGAAACACAGCCCCUGGACGAAAUUGCAGAGGAUAUAAAAAUAAGGUCGAAGACAGUCGCUGACAUCCAAGGCGGUGACGUGAAGACAAACAAGCAGAGGUUUGAGACGGAUGAAAUGAGCCAAAAGUACAUCAGAACUGUGAGCGUGAGCGAAAUCCAAAAAGGCGACGUCAGAUCUGCCACGUGGAUGUUUGAAACCCGCACGAUCGAUGAGAUCCGCGGCGAUGGCGGAGAGUACGAUGGCAUGGAGCGAGUAACAAAGGAGGAAGUCAUGAAAGGGGAUGUCAAACAGUCCGUGUGGCUCUUUGAGAAGCACUCCCUGGACAGUAUUAAGGAGGAGGAUGGCACCGAGGCUGUUGUGACAAAAGAGGAAAUCCCACAGGCCGAUGUCAAGACAACAACUUGGCUAUUUGAAACCACUCCGUUUAAUGAAUUCAAUGACAGCAGCGUGGAAAAGACUGAGAUAAUUGGUAAAAGCAUCAAAGAGACACUUGAGGAACUUUACACUCAGAAAAUGGUGGACUCGCAGGGUAUCCUCAUCGAAACAGAUGAAAUUGGUGAUGUGCGGAUGGCCAAGUAUAAACUAAUGAACCAGGAUGCCCCGCAGAUCCAGAAAGAGGAGGUCAUUAGAGGGGAUCUGAGCAACAUAAUGAUGAACCUCCUGAACCGCAGAGAGACCACUGAAAGGGGCAUCACUAUUGACACGGAGGAGCGGGGGAACAUCAACACUACGGUGAAGCAGCUUUUCAACCAGGAGAGAGGAGCCAAUGUCGAGAAAGAGGAAAUUAUCCGUGGAGACAUUCAGGAGGCGAUGAGCAACCUGCUAAAGAAAGAAGGUUCCUCUAAGCAUGGCAUUCUAAUUCAAGAAGAUGAGAAGGGAGAUGUGAGGAUGACUAUCUACUCCCUCUUAAAUAAGGGGGAGAGAUCCAGCUUGGAAAAAGAGGAAAUAGUUCAAGGAAAUGUCAGUAAAACUCUCCAGCGUCUUCUCUCCAACUCAGGAGAGGAGGACUCUAAAAAGAUAAAGAUCGGAGACACCGAGAGGGGCAACGUCAGCUUUUACUCCACGUGCAUCGAGUCCGGAGCCUUGGAUUACCUGAAGCAGCUUCAGUCCGAAUCUGAUGAGUAUCAGGAGGAGGUGCAAAAGGAGCGCAUCAUAGGUGGCGACAUUGAGGAGACCAAAUUUUUGCUGCGGAGGAAUCAGCAGCAGAUUGGCCGCACGGUGGCAGAGGACGACAUAGUUCCUGGUGAUGUGCACAGCAUUGUGAAAGUGUUUAUGACAGAGCCCACCGUUACCUUCAAAAACCUGGAGAAAAAGGAUAUCGUCAAGGGGGAUCUUAGCGCGGCCCUGGAUUCACUGACACAAGCCGUCAAUCAGAAAGUGGUAAUUGAAAAAGAAGAGGUGGUGAAGGGAGACAUACCCACUACACUGAAGUCUCUUGAGGAGGCCCAGCAUCAAGCCAAAGGAAUGGAAAAGCCUGACAUCAUCAGGGGAGACAUCAGGGGGGCUCUUGAGUCACUGGAGAAAUCUGCGUCUUCAAAAGCAGAAACCACUGUUGAAGAUCUAGUGCCAGGUGAUAUCAAAGGGACCCUGAGAAGUCUGGAGGAGGCAAAGCAAGCUAUAAAAGAGGUAGAAAAAGAGGAAAUUGUGAGAGGAGAUAUUCACACUGCCUUGCACAGUUUGCACGAGGCAUCGAGUGAGAAAAAGAUUUACCAGCACCAAGUGAGCGAACAGGGUGAUGUUAGAGGCACCAUUCAGCUGCUGCUUGAGCCAACAACCUCUCCGAGAAUGCAGCGCAGAGGAAGCAUUGAAGGAGACGUUAAAACAUCCAUAAAAUCGCUAUAUGAAGGGCAGGAUGAAAUCCAAGUGGAAAAAGAAGAAGUGGUUAAGGGUGACGUUCAGGGGGCAAUAAAGAGCCUCAUGCAAAAAAAGCAGUAUUCAAACAAGAAACGUACACACGUUCACAAGAAAGCCAAAGUGCCCAUGAAAAAUCCAGCAGCUGUAAAGCAAGCGGAGCAUGAAUGCUCGCACGAGGCUAAGAGCGAGAGCGUGUCGCUGGCUCCAGCCCCCACUGUGAAAAACCUCUCUCUGAGCACUGAGUCACAGCAGCACACACAGAGGCACCAUGAAAGCAAAUCGCUGAAAACACAGGUAAUAACCCAAGAGGACCACUCUGUUGCUGUAGUCAAAACAGACAAUCCUGCUGGGGCCUCUCAUCAGAAGAGCAUAACGGAACAGAAAGACAAAGUGCCGCCCCCACAGAAAACGCAAGCUCCAAAGCCUGUUGUGAUGAAGAAGAAACAAAAGGCUAUUAAUGAUCAGACGGAGACCAAAGCAGUUGAGGUGAACGUGAUGAAAGAGGCGCACAACGCAUCCCAGACACUUGUUUCCAGCCAGCAAACCUGCCAGACAAAGACCAUCAAACAGGUGCAGACCACGCUGACGGAGAAAACGGUGGUGCGAAAGCAGAACGUGGCCGUGUCCGAGCAAACGACCUCGUCGCAAAAGCAAACGGAGAGCAGAGCCGCCGCACAAAAGCAGAGCAGCAUCAACCCGAGGAGCGACCACCGCAGUCUGGAGGUGAAAGGCGGGAAAGGAGCCAUCAAAAAGGUGAAGCCCGAGAUUCACUUCCCCCCUCCUCCCACCUCGCCACCCCCGCCCUCUGAGUCCGAGCUCUCCCUCCCUCCCCCGCCGUCCCCCGUGAUGGAGGGCCCAGCAUCACCCACAUCCCGGCCUUCUAUCAUGAGGCAGGACAGCGACCUGCCGCCCCCACCUCCACCGCCUCCCAUGGAAUGCUUAAAGUCUGAGCAUGAUUUCUUUCCACCUCCACCGCCUCCUCCACCUCCGUCCUCCGUCGGGGGACAAGACUUUCUCCCCCCGCCUCCAUCGCAGCAGGAGCUUAACGCAAUGCCUCAGCCUCCACCUGUUAAGGUGGGGAAGCCUUUCGGCAAGCCUUUAUUCAAAGUGCCCAAGCAGCCGGAACCACAGAAGCAGCCCGUCCAAGUCAAACCCAAAUGGCAGAAAAAGCAACCAGCUCCUCCACCGCCUCCACCCCCACCUCUGUCGCCGCCUCAGCGCCCUCCUGGUCUGGACACGUCAGUUCAAAAAGAGGAAGCUAAGGCCCAGGAGGUGAAAUGGGAGCGAGUCCAUCAGGCUGAGACGAGCAGCCAGCCGACGGCAGCGGCGCCAGCGAGGACGCCGGCCGCCCCCGCCCUACAACCAGAGCCCAGCCCGCAGCCGCCCAAGAAAGUGUUCGUCCCUCCCAUCAAACUGCCUCCGCCCCCAGAUCCCGCUCCACCUCCGAAGCCGAGGCCCUACGCUCGCAAGUUCAAAACCCCUCUCAUGCUGGCAGAGGAACGCUACCGACUGCAGAAGCUAGAGGAAGAGGAGAAGAGUAUAGCCUCCACUCCCACCUCACCACCGGCCAAUGUCCAGUUCUCUGCCGCCACUGAGGAGGCUUCUGCAGCAGGGAAAGCUGAGGGAGAGGGGGCCGUCCAAGCCACGACUGCAAAGAGUGAAGAGGGAGCGACGGUGCGAGACUCACCUGCAGCAAAAGCCCCCUCCCAGAUCCCUCUGAGCAAACCCUCAAUCCCAGUCAUAAACAAAAGGGCAACCCCUGGUCCGUUGAGCAUUAAAAAGAAGGCUCCCGUGCAACCUUCUGAAAAAACCCUUCCCCCAACCGAUGCUAGUCAAACUGCUUCUGUUUCUCAGUCUCACCACGAGGCCUCUGAUAGGGACAUCCGUUCCAGCUCAAACACGGUCGUAUCCUCAGUCACCGAGCAGGAGCAGCUUAUUAAGAAAUCCAGUUCCAGGACUACGGCUGCCACACAGAGCUCAGUGCGGGAAACCGUGGUGCUCCAGACCCAAGCUGCACGCACAUCCACAGCUGAAGAUGUAAAGAGUGUGACGCUGGAGGGGAAAACGAGUUCCUCCCAGCCCACCAAAAUACCCAAGGUGACACCAAGUUUCAAAGUGAAAACAUUCAAAAUGCCCACAGAGAAGAAACCGGAGACGUGUGACAGCCCGGGGCCAAAGGAAACGGUGAGAAGUGAAACCCGGUCGCAGCAAGAGGAAAAGAACGUGUCACAAACGAUUGAAUCAAAGGUGAGUUUGGACAGCAACCGGUUGACCUCAGCGACGACCGAAAUGAAAGCGGGAGUGGUGGAGAAGGAAAAGAAAAAGCAGGUGCCGCUCAUGAAGGAGGCUGCGGGAAGUGAAAGUCCCUUUAAAAAAGGAAAGCAGGGACUGAGAGGCGACGCUGAAAUAAACCCGCCGCCCUCGGUUGCCGUUUUGGGGCCGAAGGCGGCCGCGAUAACAUCUGCAGCGGCGCAGCACGGACAGAAGAUCCUGUCUGUGUCCCACAGUCGGCAGAGCGUGAAGGCAGAGCACGUUGAAAGACACGAGGAGGUGGUCGUGACGGAGAGCCUGGUGCAGCAGAGGCACCAGACCGCUCAGGUGCAGAAAACGCAGCAGCAAACGCAGCAGCAAACGCUCCAGAAGCAGGUGCCGGCCGGCAAAAUCCAGAACAAGGCCGGCCAGCCGCCGGCCCAACAGAAGGACGCUGGCAAAGCCGCCCAGAAAGAGAAGGCCCAGCCCGGAGAGGUGGCCCAUCCCGAGAAAUGCAGCGUGAUGCGGAAGCUAAUCGCUCAGAUAAGGGAGCUGGAGGGCACGCCGAAGCAGAUUCGACUCCGACAGCGUCAGGAUGGUUCUGGGCGAAGCCCCCGAUUGGACGCUGGGCUCGGACGAGAAAAGGAACCUCGGCGAAAUCGCCAAACAGCAAAGCAAGAAGAAGCUGAAGGAGCUGAUGGCUUAUGGCUCCAAUCCCCGUCAGGAGCAGUGACCCGCGAACAGACCUGCUGUUCAAACCCCUCCCAGGAGAAGAAGCCUCCUCCAGAUGUCGUGUGUCAGUUUGCGGACCACAGCUGGGGCUCGUACUUCUGUGUGAUCGCAGAGAGAGAGAUGUUUGUCGAGCUGGAAUGGAUAAUCUAG